AUGGUCGAAAUAUACCGCGAUCAGUUUCUAAUCAACAGAAGAAGCCAUGAUAAAACACAAAGAAUAAAUCCGUUCACGUCAUCAUCUUGGCAGUCUAUAGCGACGAGACAAACAUCGGAAGCAACACGCUGGGAGAACUUUGCGGGAAUGGGCAAAGAGAAAGGGGCACAGUGGGAGGUAUACCGCAACUCAUACGACGUCUUUGAAUCGAACCCAGGAAAGGCUCAGUUUCAUGCUUCCUGA